GCCCUGCAGCCCACUUCCUAGCAGGGGACUCGGCGAGACGCCCUGACCCCCCGGCACUUUAGAGCCUGUUCUCAGCCCCAUGAGGCACAUAAAUGCUGAGUCCGGUCUCCCCCACGAGCAAAGCACAGGUGUGAGCCAGGAGCAGCAGCAGCAGGAGGAAGAUGAGGAGGAGGAGGAAGAGGAGGAAGAGCAGCAGCAGCAGCAGCAGCAGCAUCAACAGCCCUGGCAGCACCACAGCGUCCAGAUGGGCUGCACUCCGCCAGAGCUGGGGAGCCAGAAGGUUUACCAGGUCUCCAUCUUUUCUUCCCGAGGCAGCGGCUCCCCGCUCCUAGAGCAGAGGGGCCCCAGACGGCAGCCCAUCAAGCGGAGUUGCCCGGAGUCCCAGCGGACGGCUGAGGGGGGCAAGUGGGAUGCCAAACGGGGCCACUGGGGGAAGGAGGAGGCCGUAGAAGACGGGCUCUUGGUGGACGAGCUGGCCCUGGGGGGCGCCGCUCAGCACUUCUCCCACAGCGGCCUCCGGGUAGUGGAGCACCGACAAGAGGUCAGUCCUGGCCACUGCGGAGGCUGGGAGCCCAGAUCUGCAGAGGGCCAAGGGGGGGCCCUGCCGGCGACUCACAGGCUUGGCACCACUUUGCACACAAGAGACUCUGCCCCUGUCUUGUGGGGGCACCAGCCUGCCAUGGACUCUAGGCAAGAAGAGAACGGGGGCCAGCUGGAGGAGCAGACCGGCAGCCACCUUUUCCCACACGAUCAUGAUUUGCACAGCUUUGCACCCCAGUCCCCGCCAGGGCGGCUGUCCCUGGAGGCCCACGCACCCAACACUCCACCGGAGGCUCACAGCCUGAGCACCAAUGGGCUCUGCUCUGCUGAGAAGACGCCCUGCUCCAGCAGCCAGAUUUCUGGAGGCAGCCCUGCCAGCGGCCCAGCCAAGAGGAAGCUGCUGCCCUCAGUGGAAGGGAGGGCAGCUGCUGGCUUGGAGGAAGAGACCCUUCCACCAGCACGCAAAAAGAGGGCCCUGCAUUCUCCCACAGUGCCAGCCUCCUGCCGCAGCACCGAUGCCAAGGGCGCCCCGUUCUGGAAUCACCUGCUUCCCACAGCCAAGGGCUCAGCAAACAGCAGGACUGGCACGUCUCAGUUGAAAACGGGGCUGCAUCACAAACCCAGGAGGAGGCAGCUGCGCAGCAGCCCGGGAAGGGCUCUUGUGGGCAGUCGGUCCCCCACCACCUCCACCAGCCACGCCCUUCUGGGGAAUUUUGAGGAGUCAAUGCUGAAGGGGCGCUUCCCGCCCUCUGGCCGGAUUGAAGGCUUCACCGCAGAGAUUGGGGCCAGCGGAUCCUACUGCCCGCAGCACGCCACCCUGCCCGUGGAGGUCACCUACUUCGACAUAGCCGAGCACAACGCCCCCUCGCCGUUUCUGGGAGUCAUUGAUUUGGAAGCCUUGGGAAAGAAGGGUUACAGCAUCCCCAAAAUGGGCACCAUCCAAGUGACCUUAUUCAACCCCAAUAAGACGGUGGUAAAGAUGUUUCUGGUGACCUACGACCUCCACGACAUGCCUGCCAACCACGUCACCUUCCUGCGCCAUCGCAUCUUCCUGGUGCCUGUGGGUGAGGGGCAGGGCUCGAGCUCUGAUCUUGCAGAGGUGCCCAAGCGGGUUCUCUGCUACCUGAUGCACCUGAGGUUCCAUAGUUCCAAGUCGGGGAAGAUCUACCUGCAUGACAACAUCCGGCUGCUCUUCUCACGCAAGUCGAUCGAGAUGGACUCUGGGAUCCCUUACGAGCUGAAGUCUUUCACAGAACUGCCGCGCAACCCCUGCUAUUCCCCACGGGCUUGAAGGAGGGAGUGGGAGAGCAGCACUUUGCCCAAGCAGUGAAGGGGCAGGGGCUGGAGACCCUUCCGCGCAGCUGUUGCCAUGCUGGUGUGGGGAGGACCAUCCCUUGCCCAGAGCUGUGUUUCACUCAUUGGAUCCAGCCUGGCUGGGAUCACAAAUGUAGCACAUCUCAACCUCUUGUUCUGGUGGCUGGUGCAAUUUUGCUGGGGCCCAGAGGGGGCAGGAGGCUGGGGAGAAAGGGAAGAAGGGGGUAGGUUUUGACAGGUGGGCUCCUGCUGGCUUUGGGAGGUAGGCAGGGUGUCAUAGGAGUCUGGGCCGUGCAGAGGCUCUAAGUGUGUGCAGAACUGGGGCAUGGCCGAGGGUCAUGUGGCUUUGCGUGGCCUUUGCCUCCAGGAACUUCGUGGGGGUGGUGCUCUUUUUAGGGAGCUGGUUGGAUCACCAGGCAGGAGCCCCAUCCAAGCUAACGUGGAGCUAUGGAGAAGGGAGGCAAAAGUGGAGCCAAGGACAGGAGUGCAUGGGGGAACAGAUCUGCUCCCCCUCCCCAGGAAGCCAUGAAAGCAGCAACACCCCGAGGGGAGGGUGUCUCUUUCCUCCUGGCUGCUUCUUCCAGGCUCCCUUCUUCUCUCCUGGACCAGCUGUACAAGACCAGGUCCUUGGGGUCACUUGGGGAGGCCGGUGCUGCCUCCUAGCCCCCAGCUGUGGUCCACGCACUCUUCGUGUGUGUGACCAAAGGAGAAUUCAGACUGUUGGUCUCCGGAGGUAUCAGGCAGUGUUUGUGAAUUGGUGUAAGUUUUUGCUUUGUCUGUGACCUGACCCGUCACCACCACCUGGGUGUUUCUGCGGAGGGCACCAAUGGGGCCAAACGAGCUGGGGAUGGUAAGGCAGGAGCGAGGGUGUUUUUUGGGGGGGUGUCCGUGGAUGGCUUUUAAUCUGUCCGAGUUAUAGCUGCACCAAUUUAGAAGAGAAGAAACCUCGUCAUGAAGGCCAGGCCUCUUUUGAGGGGCAGUUCUGCUCCCUGUCACCCCGAGCAUUAUGUUGUUGUUUUGAUUUGGGUUGCACCUCCUACAUUCUCCUCUCAAGAGGGAGCAGAUGUGAUGAAAGGGGCUACAAUUACAGAGACUUGAAAAUAUUUAUAUUUAAAAGGAGAGAAAGAGACAGGCAGAAAUGUA